AUGCCAUUCACCGAGCGACAACUGCAUGUGCUGCACAUCACUGAACGGGUGAGCUCGACGAUCUCUCUCGCCGGCUGCCUCUUCGUCGUCCUCACCUUCGUCGCCAGCCGCCGCUUCAGAACGCCCGUCAACCGCCUCAUCUUCUUCGCAACAUGGGGGAAUCUACUCGGUAUCUGUGCCACGGCCACAUCGAGAUCUGGCAUCGUUGCGGGCGAGGACAGCGCCCUCUGUCAGUGGCAAGCCCUCUUCAUUCAAUGGUUCCAUGUCGCCGAUGCUCUUUGGGCGUUCUGUAUGGCCUGCAAUGUCUACUUGAUCCUGUUCCAUCGAUAUAGCACCGCAGAGUUACGGAAGCUGGAGUGGAAGUACAUGGUCAUAUGCUACCUGUUUCCCUUCAUACCCGCUUUUGCCUUCCUCUUUAUCAAAAAUGAGGAGAAAGGGAAGGUUUAUGGAGAUGCGACUCUUUGGUGUUGGAUUAGACCGGAGUGGUCGGUCCUCCGAAUCGGAGGCGUCUACGGACCCAUCUGGACCACCAUCCUGAUCACUCUCGGCAUCUACCUAUACAGUGCCAGGUUCAUCCUCGCCAGCCGCAGAGACAUUGAACGCCUGCGCAACAUCAGUCUUACCUUGUCGGGUGUUGACUCGACCACUGCUGGGGUGACCGAUGCCUCAAGCUACGCCGAACAUGAUAUCAGCCCUGGCCUCCAGCAACACGCUCAGAAAGGUGUUCAACAUGCAGACCGGCAGCAUCAGCAAAAAAAGCAACCAAAACAAGACACAUACCACCUGGAAAAUUGGCCAGAACCGGCGCUUCGGCAAGAUCAUCUAGGUGAUGACCUUGAACCAGCUUACUUCCCUCCGGCGUCACCCCGACAUACCACACACGGCCCUGAACUUGGAGGAACACGAGAUGAAAUAGACAUCGAACAUGCACCAGGGAACAGCCAGAGCUUAGCCGGAAUACGUGGCACAACCGGUGAUAAGUACCGCAUCCGCAAGGCCUCAUGGGAACGACAGAGCGCUGCAUGGGCUUAUUCGAAAUUCGCUCUUCUCUUCUUCUGCUCUCUGCUCGUCACCUGGGUGAGUACCCCGCCAUUCCCCUUGCUUCUCAAACCAACUUUGCCUCUUCUUUAUCAUUUUCCUAACAAUUACCAAUAG